AUGUCACCAUCUACAACAGCAGUGCCAAGUACAACUACAUCAGAGUCAACCAGUACAUCUACUUCUGUUGAAAGUACUGUCUACUCUACAACAUUAACAACUGUUUUGAUUCCAUCAUCAAGGAGUUCUAGUUCAAGCACUUCAACAGCAGCUCCGACAACAUCAGUUUCAUCAGCCUCCAUUGCUGCACUACAGACAUCUCAAGCACCAUCAAUGUCCACUUCAGCAACAUCUUCUACAAACACAGCUGUACUAAGUACAAGCUCUUCUUCUUUGCCAACUACGUCAACAUCUACAACACCCAUUUCAACAGCAAGCUCCAGUGCAUCUACAACUGCACAAACCACUGUCACAUCAACAUCGGUGUCAACUGAAUCAACGUCAUCCCCAUCUACUACCGUGGCAGGUGCUUCAACAACAACAAUAACACAACCAUCUUCAUCAACCAUUACGUCAGUAGGUACGUCACCAUCUACAACAGCUUCAAGUACAACUCCAACCCCUGUGCCGACAGAGAGCACAGUGCAAAGUACAAUCAGUUCGUCUACCACUGAAUCCACUACAGUGCCAAGUACAAGUACAUCAGAUUCACCCAGUACAUCUGCUUCUGUUGAAAGUACUGUCUCCUCUUCAACAGUAACAACUGUUUUGAUACCAUCACCAAGCAGUACCAGUUCAAGCACUUUAAUAGGAACUCCGACAACAUCAACUUCAUUAACCUCGACUGUUGCACCAAAGACAUCUCUAGCACCAUCAACCUCCACUUCAGCAACAUCUUCUACAAACACAGCUGUACCAACUACAAGCUCUUCUUCUUUGCCAACAACGUCAACAUCUACAACACCAAUUUCAACAGCAAGCUCCAGUGUAUCUACAACUGCACAAACCACUGUCACAUCAACAUCGGUGUCAACUGAAUCAACGUCAUCCCCAUCUACUACCGUGGCAGGUGCUUCAACAACAACACUAACACAACCAUCUUCAUCAACCAUUACGUCAGUAGGUACGUCACCAUCUACAACAGCUUCAAGUACAACUCCAACCCCUGUGCCGACAGAGAGCACAGUGCAAAGUACAAUCAGUUCGUCUACCACUGAAUCCACUACAGUGCCAAGUACAAGUUCAUCAGCUUCACCCAGUACAUCUGCUUCUGUUGAAAGUACUGUCUCCUCUUCAACAGUAACAACUGUUUUGAUACCAUCACCAAGCAGUACCAGUUCAAGCACUUUAAUAGCAACUCCGACAACAUCAACUUCAUUAACCUCGACUGUUGCACCAAAGACAUCUCUAGCACCAUCAACCUCCACUUCAGCAACAUCUUCUACAAACACAGCUGUACCAACUACAAGCUCUUCUUCUUUGCCAACAACGUCAACAUCUACAACACCAAUUUCAACAGCAAGCUCCAGUGUAUCUACAACUGCACAAACCACUGUCACAUCAACAUCGGUGUCAACUGAAUCAACGUCAUCCCCAUCUACUACCGUGGCAGGUGCUUCAACAACAACAAUAACACAACCAUCUUCAUCAACCAUUACGUCA